CCACUCGCUUAAGUCAGUCUGAGUGACUUAACUUGUGACGGUAUACGCUGCGCGUUUGUUCGGACCACUGUAAUGUUUUCGUGUUUAUCAGUGACAGUGAUAUGCAAGUUGGAAUCGGAAUCGACCAGAAAAACUGUCGGUCUUCUUUGGAUGAUGGCAAACAGAGCAACGACGAGCUGAGAGCCUCCUUCAUCCCGUCGUCGAAUCGCAAUGCCCUCGGUUUCAGUCUCGACAACGAAAGUAACAGCGAUGCUUCCGUCUCUGCUAAUCUUAGAAAUCCUCCACGGCCCUAUCCGUUCAAUAAAUCGACUUCGUUGGGGAACUUGAGCUUUAUAAACGUUGUCGGACUACCACCGUGCCAUCCGAGGCAGACGUCCGUACCUUCAUCGACAACCUCCAAGAACAAAACGAGUACCAUUCACCCGUUUCACGCCAGAAAUGCGUCGGAACCUCAAACGACACCUGUUAAGGUCCCUCAACUUCAAUUACCUAAUAAUGUGAACGUUGGAACCAACAUCAAUCUCGGGGGUACUGCUACGAUGACAGCCGUGAAAGCUGAACCAACUUGGAACCACUGCGGUGCCUCCAACAGUACCGAUUUCAGAUUAAGCUCACCGUCAUCCAUAGGCCAGAAUCUGGGUACUGAAAUUUGGAAUAAGAACUCCCUCGUGGUACCUGCACGACCGACCGAUGGAUCUCACAUCAAUAUCAACGAUAACGUCAGUAACGUCAACGUCAACUUUUACAGGGCAGUACCAAUGAAUGUGAUGUCUUCAGUACCAACGAUCGAGUGUUCGAACAAUCAAACCGCAAAAAACGUAUCAAACGUGCAGAUCAUGCCUUUAAGUGGUUCAAUAGCUGAUAGAAAUUCAAGCAGUACCUCGAGUCCGUGUAGAACAUCGAUAACGAGUUGUCGGGUAACUGUUCAAACCGAACAACCUCCUACACAAUUAAUCAGUCCAUCUACAACUGAAACGGUGUCAUCAGUUUAUUUGCCGAGCAGAGUUGCACAAAGAACAUUCACGUCUACUGAAGCUCAAACCGACGAUAGCUCUCUGGGUUACGGAGAAUUGAGUAAUAACAAAGAUAGGAGACGUAGAGAGAGAAGGGAAAGAAGGCACAAUCGUCGAACCAACCCUGUACAUUCUAGGUCUGUUGGAGAAAACGGAGUUAAUAAUGGAAACCCUUCAACCCUUCCGGAUAUCUUAGAUAGUCAUCUACCUCCCCCGUACACAUCACAUCCAAACACCCUCCAAAGGAAUCAGGUUAUGGCGAAUCAUCAGCCACCCCCUGGGGUCAGGGUGUUGCCGCAUUUGGGCAUGAUUCCGCAGACGGUUAUCAUGCCACCUCCUCAAAUGCUCGGAGGGAUGAUCCCUCCACAACCUGUUGCCCCCAAUAUGAUACCACACCCUAGGCCAAGGAAUGCCCUGCAAAGUUCAGUGUCUAAUAGCGGUCUCCCCCAUGUGUCUUACCCCCCACCAAACGUUAUAUCUGGACAAAUACCAGUAGUGCAAAAUGCUGCCGAAAACAAUUCCGGAUUUAGGUUUGCUCUGCCUGUCGGACAGUUCAGCAGAGAUCACUUCACGGAAGAAUCACCAAAAAGCUGUUGCGGGGUGUUGACAUGGAAGCCUGGAUCAUUGAAAUGGCUGAUAGCAUCGGUAGCAUUGGUAGCAGUAGGCUGUGUUUUAGUAGGAACUGCUCUUGGUACCAUGAGGCCAGCAGGAAGGGACCAUUUUACGAUAGCCCUCUUGAUGAUUGGAAUUGGAAUUGUACUAGUUACAAUAAGCGGGGUAGCUUGGCGACUGGCAUCACAAAAUGCCACCUCGUGCAGAACAAUGUUAGGAAUAGGGUCUUUGGAAUCAGUCGACGUCUGCACCCGCAGGUUCGUCCCGAGACUGCCGCCAACCUAUGGCCGCCCCCAUCACCCCUACGCCGCCAUGAUGUACCCGGAGUUUCAAUAUAGACCACCACCGCCCACCUACCAGGCCUCGAUGCAGGAGUAUAGGCUGAGGUUGCUGCUGAUUGAUCGGGGAAAUACCCCACAGAUUCAGGCUGGUGUUCAGAAUACUGUUUCUCCCCCACCAACCUACCGGAGUCAUUCUGGAAGUUUGAUAAGGGAUCAAACAUCGGUGAGAAACGAGACGGCCUGGUCGGAAUACAGCUGCCCACCCUCCUACAGGUCGCAAGCCCAACUGGGAACCAUAGAAGACUCGAUUUCAGUGCACACCAGAGAUCCGUCACUCGUCGCGUCCGAAAGGGCCAUAGAAAAUAACGUGGAGGUUGUGAACAUCCUCAGGGAGCCCCAGGAGGUGGCGAACCUGGAUGGCGUGGUCGGUCUGGACUCCAAGGUGGAAAAUUCGAACCAGUACAAAUUGAUACUGGAGGAUUGCGGCGGUAGUUUCGAGAACGACAAGGAUGACAAUCUAGUGACCAUUGUACAGACUGACGAGAGGAAUCCGGUUAUAGUGACCGUUAGCGGGAAUUCUAGUACGGAUAGUACGAGUAGUAGUAACAAAUUACCAAGUGAGAUUCAGAUUUUAGCCCAUUUAUAGUACAGUCAGUUCGGUAUUUUCUGUGGUAUUACGAGUGAUGGUCGUAAAUUUGAUUCUAUGGUCCGGAAAUUUUUGCGAAUGGGGCAUUUCGGAUUUACGUCUCGCUGAUGGGCAAACAAACCAUCUAUGGCAUUAGUGGUCAAAAUACUUCAAAUUGUACGAGAAAAAUAGUAAUUACAAUCUGCUGAAAUCGAGAUCGAAAAAACAGAGGGUUUUUUUCAAACUUGAAAUACUGACAUACAGGACAGGAUAUCAACAUACAUUC